UCCAAGAAAGACCAGUCUUCUCUCUUCUCAUUUCUUUUCUCCAAGAAAGAGGAGAGAGAGAGAGAGGCGGAGAGCCAUGUCGUCCUCCGCUGCGCUUCCGCCUAACCAAAAUAACCACGCCACCGGCAUGGGCGGCGGAGAGGGCUACGCCGCCUCCUCCGGCGGCAGCCCGGCCGCCCAUCAACCCUUGACUUUCUGGUGCCACGAGUGCGACAUGAGCGUGACGCUCCUCCCUUCCUCCUCCUCCCCUCCCCCUCUCCUCUGCCCCGAGUGCCGCGGCGGCUUCCUUGAGGAGAUGGAGCUCCCUGCCCCCCCACCUCCCCACCACCCUCAAACCCUAACCCUAACCCUAUCCCUCUCCGAUUCAGACUCCGACUCCGACGAUCCUGACGACGUCGAUGGCAUCGGCGACUUCCCCGACGGCGACGACCCACGCCGCCGCCGCCGUCGCGCCCCCACUCAGGACUACUUCCGCCGCCUCAUCCACCACCUCGCUGCCGGCGAAGGCCGCCCCCUUCCCCUCCCUGUCCGUGGCCCAUCGCCGGCCCCCCAGGCCUCCAUCGACGCCCUUCCCACCGUCCAGAUCUCCAAUCCCUCCCUCCUCUGCGCCGUCUGCAAGGACGAGUUCCCCCUCCAUUCCGACGCCCGCCAGCUCCCCUGCUCCCACCUCUACCACUCCGACUGCAUCGUCCCCUGGCUCUCCCUCCACAACUCCUGCCCCGUCUGCCGCUUCCGCCUCCCCUCCGUCGACUCCGCCGCCGCCGCCGCCGCGGCGGACCACCGCCGGCCUCGCAUGUCCGUUAGGUUCGGGAGCUUCUUUGAUGAUGACGAUGAGGAUGAUGGCGGCGGGGUCCUGGCCAUCCGGACGGCGCUCCACCGCAUCAGGAGGAGGCACCGCCUGCUGGUGCCAGCGCGGCCGUCGGUGUCCGCGGUGGUGGAGGCGUCCCCCACCCAGAUGGCGCAGGCUGAGACGGGGUCGUCUGGGCCUGCCACCAGUGGGGAGACGGUGACAUCGGAGUGGCCGGUGGAAGGGGGAGGAGCGCCGGCGGGUGGAAGAGUGGAUGAUGAGGGGGAUGCUGUGAUGUCAGAUAUUAGGGAGGAUUUGUUCGAUUGACUUGCGAGCGAUUGGGUUGGAUUCCAAGGGUACCAUUAGCUCCAGAAAUUCCAGCGACGGUCAAAGAGGCGGCUGGAAAAAAGUGAUGACUGGUCUCCUAUAUAGAGAAGCCCUCCCUUCCAAAUGUUAGCUCGCAGCACUCAUCAACACAAUUCCUCCCCUUCUUCUUCUUCAUCUGAUUUCCAUUAAACCACAGCCAUGGCAUUCGAUGAAUCGACCGACUAUUUGGUGAAGGCAGGCCUGUUCAUUCUGGUCCAAGCUAUAGUCUAUCUGAUCCUGGCCAACUCUUCCAAUGUCUUCUCCAAUACAAAGAUGGGAUCUUCAAGCUUCCAAUCCUUUCGAUCGCUGAGCUUGCGACGUACGAUUGCCUUGCUCUCUGAUUUGCCUGCAGGCUACGAGCCAUCACCCCGGCCCUCCAAUCUUAAGGAUUAGUUUUGUCAACAUCUUAAUCAGAGCCUCCUCUCCCUAUGGGAAAGAUGAUGGAAUAUACAGGCCUAUAAGGCCUUGGUUUUGGUUGUUCAUGAAAGGCAUAGGAAUGCUAUUCUUUUAUUAAUAGUUUGGUUCUUUGGUCAUGAUAGGUGUGAGUAAUUGAUGUAGAAUUGCUUUAUCCAUAUAUCAAAUAGAUUGAAUCUUUUGAUGAUAAAAACUGCGCCCAGCUUUUAUUUAUUUAUUUAUUUUUUUCUUCAAUUUGUUCUUCCCUCUGUCCUUGCACCGCAAGAAUUAUAUCUGCAGCUGCGUCACUGAAUAAAAGUUGGGUAUUGUCACCCGAAAAAAAUUGACUUCGUUUGCGGUUUGUUUUAUAAACUCUUCCCUCAUCUCAAUCCUGGAGGAUGCUUUGAAGAGAUCGAAACAGAGGGAAUGCAUAUUGCCUUCCAAAAGGAGGUCAUGAAUCCAUCAAUUUGUUAACCAGUUCCACUGAAGUAACUCUGUGGGUCCAAUCCUACCGUCAAUAAUUUCCUUUGUACUACUGGAGUGCCACAUGGUGCAAGAGAAUUGGUGCAAAACAAUCUCCUCAUGCCGUAAGGCUUUCAGGCAAUACAUAAAAAAAUUUUGUAUUAUUGCUA